AUGGUAUUUCUAUACAUUUCAGCGCCAAUCAACCGAGCAGAAGUUAGUGCUACUACUCCUUUAUCGAACAAGACAUUUAAUGUCUCUGCUGAAAGGAUGACUCGCCAAGCUUACGGUGGUAAAGAAAACUCAAAACUUGAUAAUACAUUGAAAUCCAAAAUGGUACGGAAGAAAGAAGUUAAGCAGUUUGAAGAAGGAACUAAAGAAUCCCCCGUGUGUCUUUCAAAAUCCCCAACUUCACCAACAACCAAUGGGGAUAACUUCCUUGCAUGUGCAAAUGAGAAAAUGCAAAAUAUUUUAUCUCUUGGAAAAAACAAUUUCUAUAACAAGAAUAAAUCUUCAUGUGGAGCUAGUGUAAAACGAGUGCUGGGGAUGAAAAGAUGUGAAACAACACCUGUUAAACGAGCACGGCUUUUGGUGGACUCGUCAACAAAUUCUCAACCACAGAAGGUAGAAAGUCCUCCAGCACCAGCCAUUUACCCCUUGCCAAAACUUGCUUUAAGAGGACUCACCAAUAUGGGCAACACCUGUUAUUUAAAUGCAAUCCUGCAGUCUCUUUUUAGUCUAGAGACUUUUGCCACAGAGUUGUUAUUUAUUAACUGUAAAGUAUCAAAAGUGGUGAAGUUGAAUAACCCCAGAUGUUUCAAGUCUUAUUUUGGCUUCAUCCUAGAUGCUGCAUUCAGUGAAGUAGUAAUGCAAGAAUUGCUAAAUGAUUGUACAAUAUUUACCAUGGCCAAUUUGUUAAUCUCACAGACCAAAAGUGAAUCUGAUGUUAGUAAAGUGACCUUAUUAGGUAAUGUGAGAGAAGCUAUAUCAACCGUUGGUACACAUUUCUUAAGUAAUGACAUGCAGGACGCUCAUGAAUGCUUGAACCAAGUCCUUGACUGUCUGAAAGAAGAAGGGGUCAAGUUGGCCACAAGUACUCCUACAUCUAAUAAUUCCAGUUCCGAUGAUGAUGAUGACCCUAACUGCAGAGAUACUUUCAUUAACCCCACAGUUCAGAACUUCGAAUUUGAUAUCAAUCGCUCUAUUACUUGUAAACGAUGUGGUGUUGUUGUCUCUAAAGUUGAACAGUGUAUAGAUUUAUCGUUGGACAUACCAAAGGGAUGCAAUCCAAGCAUUCAGGAUGCUCUCGACUUAUUCUUUGUCAAAGAAAAUGUGGAAUACCGAUGUGCUAAAUGUAAUCAUGAUAAAUCAGAAGUUUCAAAAUGCAUCAGUAGAUUACCGAGAGUAUUAAUUCUCCAUUUGAAACGCUACACAUACAGUGUCACAGCUUCAUGUAACAGAAAAGUUAUUCAGCAUAUUUCUAUUCCUAAAUAUCUGACGCUGUCAUCACAUUGUUCAGAGACCAUUAUUCCAGCACCUUCUAUUAAUAGCCUUUUCACUAGCCCACCGAAAGCCCGAACAGAAAUGGAGAAAGAUUCAUCACUUUGUAGAAGACUUGAGUACACAGAUUCUGUUAAUUCAGCACAUAAGAGUUCCUUAUUUGAAUAUGCAGAAAACGCUGAUGAUUUAGGUGUUGUCCCAAUUUCAACAUUGGCACAAGAAUUCUCAAAUAAUAUACAAGAUGAGAACUCAACCAAUCACACUGACAAUAAAGAAUCAACUAAAAGUCAAGAUCUUUCUUUCUUCAAUGAUUUGGAAUUUGGGCAAAAUUCCAAAUUGUUACCAGAUUGCUGCAGUACACCUGAAGAUAAUUCUUCAGAGACAAAACCCGUGGAAAAUGGUGUGAAGUAUUUAAGUAAUGAUGAUCUGUUUAGCUUGAGUGAAGAAGAACGGAUGAGGUUAGCAAUAGAAAACAGCUUACAGUUGAAGACUGAAAUUGAAGAUCACAACACUUCAGCUGUGCAAUGGCAGCCAGAACAACACCAGUCAAUGUUUAACACAGAGUUUGUAAAUGGAGAGAACUCCGUAUUACCAGAGAAUGAAAAUAAUUCUUUGUCUUUCCGAGUUGAAAUUCCAUCAAGAGUUAUGAUGCAGAAAACAAAGAGAAUCAACAACCUACACAAAACGGCAAGACAGAUUCAAGUUUGA